AUGAGAACAGUACGCCUUCCACCGUGCCUCUUCUUGUCUGAAGAAUACUACUUCAAUCCAUUGAGUCCUAAUCCUGACUGCUAUCUCCCUCUAGGCCUGUAUCCAUAUGGAACCCUACCCGCCAACUAUCUUCCCCCGUUCAUCAAGGAUGAGCCCUCGGGGCCUCCUUCAUCAACCGGAGUGACUCGCCAUUAUAACUUCACUGUCUCGCGAGACGUGACUGCGCCGGAUGGUUACAAGAAGAGUGCCAUGCUAAUUAACGGGCAAUUCCCCGGACCCAUGAUCGAAGCUAACUGGGGCGAUAUAAUCUCGGUAACAGUGAACAACAUGAUUACCACCGGAACUGAGGAAGGGCUGGCGGUGCACUGGCAUGGGCUGACCCAGAAAGGCAUUCCGUGGGAGGACGGUGUCCCUGGGGUUACGCAGUGUCCCAUCGUGCCCCGGUCCAGUUUUACCUACACCUUCCAAGCCGAUCAGUAUGGCACCGGAUGGUACCAUUCCCACUACAGUGCGCAGCUCACUGACGGUGUGUAUGGCCCUGUCAUAAUCCAUGGGCCCAACCAUGUUGCCUACGACCACGACCUCGGGCCCAUCAUGAUCUCUGAAUAUCAUCACCUCGAUUACUGGUCCAUCCUGGAAGAUAUCUUCUUAAGACCACCGGUCAUCCCGAACGUGGAUAACAACCUAAUCAACGGCCGCGGCAUCUACAACUGCAGCGGAGUCGAUUGUAGCGCCGGUGCCAGUCUCUCGCGGUUCAGCUUCCAGAGCGGAAAGGUGCAUCGUCUGAGGCUGCUGAACACCGGCGCUAACGCAAACCAGAAGAUCAGUAUUGACGGCCACACAAUGACCGUGAUCGCGAACGACUUCGUGCCGAUCAAGCCUUACAAUGCGGAAGUGGUCACCUUGGGCGCCGGGCAACGCACGGACGUACUGGUCAAGGCGAAUGGUAAGCCUCGCGAUGCAUACUGGAUGCGCGCAUCGAUCGACAUGGACUGCCUAAACUCCACCGCUACAUACCCAACAGUGACAGCGGCGAUUUACUACGAAGACGCAGUGACAUCCCAAUGGCCGAACACCACCAGCACCGCCACCUGGGAGAGUGACAACUGCGCCGGCGACCCGCUUCAUCUCACCGUCCCAUAUUAUCCCCUUACCCCCCCAAGUAAUCCGACCACCACCGAGACGAUCGAGAUCAACCUCGGCCAGAACGCAACAGGGCACUAUCUCUUCUACCUCAACAAUGCGACCUUCCGCGCCAAUUACAACGCGCCGCUCCUCCUCCUAGGCCGGGCCGGCAACUUCUCGUACCCGGGAUAUACCAAUGCCAAUACCUACAACUACGGUUCCAACUCCAGCGUGCGCCUGAUCUUCAACAACAUCUACCCAAUGCACCACCCACUGCAUCUACACGGCCAUAACUUCUGGGUCCUCGCCGAGGGCCGAGGAACGUGGGACGGCACGAUCACGAACCCCGCCAAUCCGCAGCGUCGAGACACGCAGAUCGUGCAGGCCGGCAUCCCCGAGAACCCGGCGUACGUGGUGCUAGAAUGGGAGCUGGAUAACCCGGGCGUUUGGCCGCUGCACUGUCAUAUGUCGUUACAUGUGAGCAUGGGCUUGUCGCUGAAUAUCAUCGAACAACCGUCCAAGAUCCCGCAGCUUGGGAUUCCACCCGCGAUGGCAAAGACGUGCCACGAGUGGGCCGUUUUCAGUGGUCAGGAGUUUGUCAAUGAAAUUGAUUCAGGGGUUUGA